GACUCGCGGGCGAGCCCUCUGGUCGGAGUAGUUUGGGGCCGGCGCAGGUGCAAGCCUGCAAGAUGGCGGCUGCUGGAGCAGGCCGUCUGAGGCGAGCGGCAUCGGCCCUGCUGCUCCGGAGCCCGCGCCUGCCGGCCCGGGAGCUGUCAGCUCCGGCUCGGCUCUAUCACAAGAAGGUUGUGGAUCAUUAUGAAAAUCCUAGAAAUGUGGGGUCCCUUGACAAGACAUCAAAAAAUGUUGGAACUGGAUUGGUGGGUGCGCCAGCGUGUGGUGAUGUUAUGAAAUUACAGAUUCAAGUGGAUGAAAAGGGGAAGAUCGUGGACGCCAGGUUUAAAACAUUUGGCUGCGGUUCUGCAAUCGCCUCCAGCUCGUUAGCCACUGAGUGGGUGAAAGGAAAGACGGUGGAAGAGGCCCUGACCAUCAAAAACACGGAUAUCGCCAAGGAGCUCUGCCUUCCCCCUGUGAAGCUGCACUGCUCCAUGCUGGCCGAAGAUGCCAUCAAGGCCGCCCUGGCCGAUUACAAACUGAAACAGGAUCCCAAGAAAGGAGAGGCAGAGCAGUGAGCCUCGGUGCUGCUCCAGAGACGUCUACCCGCCGCCGUGCAUGCACUAGAGACGUCCAGAAGCUUCCCAGGCCGCAGGAAAGCCGCACAGCAUUUGCCGUUCACAGUGUGACUGAGGCAAGCAAAAUACACCAUUUAACUGUUCUGAGUCCUAUGGUUUCUUUCAGCUCGCUCGUGUUGCCUUAGCGCUCAGUGUGUGCUUUGAACUGUGUGUGGCCGCAGGACUGAGCUCAGCAGCGCAGUCUUAGGUUCUGACACCUGUGCUGUGCAUCAAGACUUAAUUGUAUCUAAAUCUAUUUUGGAGACAAUUUACCCGUAGAAUGUCUUGGUCUGACUGUUUGGUAGAGCCGAUUGUACAUAAAGCAGAUCUGUAGCUAUGCAGCCGUGUGUGCACUUAUGUGUGUGUAUAUAAAACAAAUAAACAAUGCAGGACGAUG